AUGGAAUUGCCUAUCCGGACACCAGAUUCUAUUGGUCGGAGAGCUUCAUACAUCAUUGAGACCAAAAAUCUGUCCUACAAACUUCUCAGUCCAUGUAAUGAGUUCAGUCUUUUAUGUUGCAAGAAUCCCAGGAAAGCUGCCAAGUUCAUUUUGAAGGAUGUAAAUUGUGAAGCAAGGCCAGGGGAGAUGACUGCAAUAGCUGGCCCAAGUGGGGCCGGAAAAACUACACUUCUUGAAAUCCUCGGUGGAGAAAUAUCACCAAGAAAGGUAUCCGGAAAAGUAUUGGUUAAUGGUUGUUCAAUACAUCCAGAGUUUUUUCGCAGAAUAUGCGGGUUUGUCACCCAAGAUGAUGCACUGUUUCCAUUGCUUUCUGUUGAAGAAACUCUCAUGUAUAGUGCUCUUCUUCGGCUAUCAGGUGGGAAAAAGGAGGCCAUCAGCAGAGUUAAAGUGCUGAUAAAGGAACUUGGGCUGGACCAUGUAGCUGGUUCCAAGAUCGGGGAAGGAUCAAAUCACGGGAUUUCAGGUGGCGAAAGGAGAAGAGUGUCAAUUGGAGUUGAAUUAGUUCAUGAUCCAUCUGUCAUUUUAAUCGAUGAACCAACUUCAGGGCUGGAUUCAGCUUCUGCACUUCAGGUGAUUACAUUGCUCACACAAAUAGCUAAUAAAGAAGGUAAGACAGUUAUCCUAACCAUACAUCAACCUGGAUUCAGAAUCUUGGAGUUGAUCAAUCGCCUUGUUUUGCUUUCAAAUGGACAUGUCGUCCAUAAUGGUUCAUUAAAGCUUCUUGAACAGCGGCUUAAAGAUUGUGGUUAUUGCAUUCCUCCACGCAUCAAUGUGCUUGAAUUUGCCAUUGAAGUCCCAAGCUGUAUCAUAAUACAAAGUUCAGAACAAGCUUCCAAAUCUCUUGAUGGCUCAUUCUUUCCCAAGGAUAUGGUUGUAACUGAAGGAAGGUACAAUAAAGAUGAUAGUUGUGUGAGAAAUUUAAACAACUUUGGGGUCAAGCGCCUUUCCUGCUCAAAUUCUCACUUGGAGGAGAUUUUCAUCCUUGGAGAAAGGUUUUGCAAAAACAUAUUCAGAACGAAACAACUCUUUGCAGCACGGAUAAUGCAAGCGUUGACAGCAGGACUCAUAAUUGGGACCAUUUUCAUGAAUGUCAGAAAUGAUCAAAGGCAGAUUGCCUUACAAACUCGGAUAGGAUUUUUUGCUUUCACUCUAACCUUCUUACUAUCUUCCACAACUGAAGGCCUACCAAUUUUCUUGCAAGAGCGAAGAAUUUUUAUGAGAGAAACUACAAGAGGAGCAUAUAGGGUAUCUUCUUACGUUAUUUCAAACACCUUUGUCUUCCUUCCUUUUCUUUUAAUGGUUGGUCUUCUCUACACAACUCCAGUUUACUGGCUAGUUGGUCUGCGGCAAAACAUUGAUGGCUUCCUCUACUUUGCCUUGGUGGUUUGGAUGGUUGUGUUGAUGUCAAAUGCCUUGACAGCAUGCUUCAGUGCACUGGUCCCAAAUUUCAUCAUGGGAACAUCUAUUAUUGCAGGAUUAAUGGGGUCUUUCUUUCUUUUUUCUGGGUAUUUUAUCUCAAAGGAGAAUAUACCCAAUUAUUGGAUCUUUAUGCACUAUAUAAGCUUGUUUAAAUACCCAUUUGAAUGCUUUAUGAUAAACGAGUAUGGAGGGAAAGGAGGGAGAAGAUGCUUAGAACGUGAAAGAGGGGAAUGCAGUUUAUAUGCAUAUGAAUUCCUGAGACAAGAAGGUCUGCAAGAGUCGCAUAAGUGGAGCAAUUUAUUGAUCAUGUUGGCUUUUGUCAUCGGCUAUAGAGUUCUAUGUUUUCUGAUCUUGUGGUGCAAAUGUUACAGAUCCAGAAACUAG